AUGGAGUACUCAAACAAGUACAACAGUUUCAUAAGCUUCCUAGUUGCUAUAUCUUUGCUGCUGUGUGCCCUUACAGGAAGUUCCAUGGCUCGACCACUGCCUCAGGGGAAGUUUUCAAGAUUCCAAACCCACAGCACUUCUAAGGCAACCAUUAGAACCGUUUGGUCAAAGCUUCCAAAAGCUACACCAUUGUCACCAUCUGCACCCUCUCCUAUCAUCAAUUGA